UCAUGUAUUAUAUACUACACUACAAGUAUCAAUCGGCAUCACCAUACAAACACACAUAUCACAUGAUUCAAUAAGUUGAAAUCAAUCAAACUGAAUACUCCCAUAGAAAAUCUCAAUCUUCACAUUUCAUCUCGUAUAUUCACCCUUCAAAACAGCCAUCUAUCUCUGUUAUUGUUUCCACUCCGAGAAAGAGAAAGCAAAAAUGGAUUACAGAAAAACCAAAACCAUCUAUGAAUUGGAUACUCCAUUUACAUCAGCUAAUUGGCCACAAGUAUCUUUUAAAGAUCAAGAAACCAUUGUGGAACUUCUAUGCGGUUUACUGUCCCCAAUUGGUGCAUAUCGUUCCAAUCACAUUACUCCUUCCAAAGGAAAGCGGAGCAAGAAGCGCAAGAGAAGAGACCUGAAGUCAGAAAAUGAGAGGCCCUCAGAUAUUCCUUCAUCGCCUGAAAUAUCUUCCUACAUCAUCACAGGCCUUAAUAGUAUCCAUCGGAUGCUAGAAGAAUCAUCCAAAAGAGGCCUCGAGACUAAAGAAAGUCUCAACACCGGACCAGAAACUCGGCCCCAAUCUAACGAUGUCGACUCCAGUACUCAAAGCUCACCCCAUGCUCAUUUCUCAGCCAUAUUCGUCGCCCGCUCCAAUCAGCACCCAAUUUUCAACUCCCAUCUUCCCCAACUCCUUAAUACAGCCUCAAAAGCAUACCCUGCCAAACCACCCACAAGAUUAGUACAACUACCUAAAGGGUCCGAAACUCGGAUAGCAAUAGCACUCGGUCUACCAAGAGUUUCGUUCCUUGGAAUCCUAGACGAUGCUCCAAAUUCUAAGGCUUUGGUUGAUUUGAUCCGAGAUUGUGUGGGGGAAAUCGAAAUACCUUGGCUGAAUGAGGCGAAGAAGGCGGAGUUUUUGGAGACGAAAAUUAAUUCUAUUCAAACCACGAUUGGUGCAGUGAAGGCCAAAUGAGGACAGAUGGACAAUGAAGACGGAGCAAUAUCCUGAAUGUCAAGAUCGACUACGGAGUAUGUUCAUUGAAUAUCUCAGCACACUUGAAAGAUGUCCAUCAAAUUUUUGAUAUAAUUCGAAUAAUUACCAUCAGCCCAGUCAUGCUACCUAGCAGAUACACUGCGCCAAAAAAACACUACUUGGUUGCUAAGUAUAACGAAAGUAGCAAUACGAUAUCCUAAGUCAAGUAGAAAGUACCAAAAUAUAUUUUUCAUGAUAUAGACACCAUGUUUUUGGUUUGAAGACAUAGAAAGCACAAU